AUGAAUACAGAAUGGGAAGAGGAGGAAGACGACCCAACGUACAAGGCAGAAUCCACAGUGUUCAGCAGACUUCCUCCAGAACACGAGGCAUACAAACCAACCAAGCGCGCGGGGUACAACCCCAAAGCAGAGCAUGACUACACCUUGAGCUAUCGUCCUGAGGACAUGGCUGAAAAUUCAAAAUUCAUUCCAGAAAUCGCGUGCGCGGCCAUCGACAAAACGAAGUUACCACACAACGUAGGUAAAUACAAUGGGUUGACGGACCCAGACGAUCACCUCCAGGUGUUUAAAGGUGCAGGAGCAACAGGCGGAUGGAACUUACCAACAUGGUGCCACCUGUUUGCUCAGACAUUCGUUGGCGCGACGCGCAUUUGGUUCGACAACUUACCGGCUGGCAAAAUAAAAUCAUGGGUCGACUUCCGAGAGAAGUUCUUGGCACACUUCUCUCAGCAACGAAGACAAGCCAGAGAUCCAGGUGAUUGUCUGAACAUAUGGAGAAAAGACUAUGAAAGCGUAGAAGAUUUCAUUACAAGGUAUAACAAAGAAUGUCUAGAGAUCGGAGACAUACCAGAAAAAAUGAUGCGUGCACACUUCAUGCGAGCGGUCAAGUGCGACGAUCUGGUUAAAAGAAUCAAAGGGCGAGAUGGAGGACCCAAAGACUGGGAAACCUUCAUUGAAGCGGCCAAGACCAUUGCGCAGACGGAUAGGCAACUGACCGGUGACGAUCACCAUACGGGCCACUUGACCGACGAUUGCUUUAGCUUAAAGCAAGAAAUCGAAAGAGCUCUAAGAGACGGAAAGCUCGGUCACUUAGUCAAAGGAGGAAAGCGCGAUUACCGCCAGAUACAACGAAGAGAUGAAGGUCCAGACAACAAGAAGCUCAGAAAGCUCGAAACUCAUAUGGUGCAAGGAGGUCCACGGCGACGAAGGAAAAACUACAACAAGCGCGCACAGGAUGAUUCAUGGCGCGAGAAGCAGGUAGUGUUCCCAGUUGUCAGGGGAGGUCCAAGAGAAAAGCGGCCAAUAGUCAUUCUAGGGGUGAUCGGCCACUACCAAACAGAUUACAUCUUUAUUGAUCCCGGAAGCACCGCAGACAUCAUAUAUGAACAGUGCUUCAAUCAAUUCGACCAAGAGGAUAAGGCGCGCCUAGAACCAGUCGACUACCCACUAACUGGAUUCUGCAACGAGGCCGUCUUUCCCCUAGGACAAAUAUCUUUCCCAGUAUUGCUUUAUGAUGGGAGAAAUUCAAGAACCGAAGAAGUCACAUUCAUGGUGCUACCGGCACAUUCAAGACAUGACAUCCUCUUAGGACGAGAAUCCCAAGGAGAUUUCAGCAUGAUCUGUUCCGCACCACAUUCUGCCAUAGGCUUUCCAACCGAAACAGGCAUUGCGUUGAUAUACGCAAGCAAGGAAGUGCUAACAACAGAUGAAAUCAGGCCGGCAAAAGCAAGCAGGCCCGCACCGCGCAAAGAGGCAGAAAAAUGGGUAUUGAAUAGCGCGUACCCAGAACAAACAGUCACUCUGGGACCCGCAAUGUCUGAUCUAACGCCGGAACACCGGCUAAAUGUCUCAGAGGAUGCAAAGCCAGUAGUGCAUGCUAAACGACAUCUGGGAGACAUCAAACAUGAUGCAAUGAAAGAACAAGUGUUAGAACUGCUAAACGCAGGAAUCAUCAGGGAAGUCCGGUACCAAACGUGGGUAGCAAGCCCAGUUAUGGUAAAGAAACCGAAUGGUAGUUGGAGAAUGUGCGUCGACUACAAGGAUCUGAACAAAGCAUGUCCCCGUGACUGCUAUGCUUUGCCAGACAUAGACGAGAAGAUAGAUUCUUUGGCAACGUUUCGGUGGAAAUGUUUUCUGGAUUGCUACAAAGGAUACCACCAGGUCCAGAUGGCUGUUCAAGACGAGGAUAAAACCGCAUUCCGCACGCCAACGGGGCUAUACUGCUACACCAAGAUGCCGUUCGGCUUAAAGAAUGCAGGUGCUACGUAUCAACGGUUGAUGAACGAAACGUUCAGCGACGCCAUCGGUAAAUACAUAGAGGUAUACAUGGAUGAUCUGGUAAUCAUGAGCAGGGAGGAGAGCGCGAUGCUGGCAAAUAUUCAGAAAACCUUCAACACGCUGCGCAGCGUGAGCAUCAAACUGAAUCCAGCAAAGUGCUCAUUCGGAAUGGAGGAAGGAAAGUUUUUGGGCUUCAUAGUCACUAAAGACGGUUUUAAGGUGAACCCAGAAAAGGUCCAGGCCAUAGAGAGGAUGCCUUCACCAGCAAACGUCAAAGACAUGCAAAAGCUCGCAGGACGAUUGGCAGCACUGAAUCGAUUCCUAGCCAACCACGCAGCAAAAUCCUUCCCAUUCAUCAAGACCUUACGCAACUCUUCCGACAAGGCCGUCGGAGCCGUAUUGCUGGUCGAUCGACAAGGUGUCCAAACACCUGUGUACUACGUGUCCAGAACCUUAACCGACCCAGAAACAAGAUACGCAAUCAUGGAAAAGCUUGUCCUUGCACUGAUUCACGCGUCAAGAAGGCUGCGCCGAUAUUUCGCCAAUCACGUCAUCCACGUGUUAACAAAUUACAAUAUUGGGAAUAUCCUAGCAAGGCCGGAAAUAUCAGGAAGGUUGGCCAAAUGGGCGAUAGAGCUAGGGGGACACAACGUAGUCUUCAGACCACGACCGUCGAUAAAAGGCCAAGUUUUGGCAGACUUCAUGACGGAAGUCCCGGAUGACAAAGACAGAGAGUGUAAGGCGAUGGAGAAAGCGGAGAAAAAACAAACCGAAGAGCCAUGGCUGCUGUAUACAGACGGUGCAUCCAACGAAGAUGGGGCAGGCGCGGGGCUACGACUAGUAAGCCCUGACAAACACGAGUUCACUUACGCCAUACACCUAUACUUCAAGAGCACAAAUAACGAAGCAGAGUACGAAGCCUUUCUGGCCGGCUUGCGUUUGGCAAUCAAAAUGGGAGUCCGACAUAUUGAGGCACAUGUGGACUCCAUGUUAGUGGCAGGCCAAAUCAACGGUCAAUACGAAGCCAAGGGCGACAUAAUGGCACUCUACCUCAACCAAGCAAAGACGUUGCUGCAAACCUUCUAUUCUUACAAGGUGCACCACAUAAACCGCAGUGAAAACAAGCCGGCAGACGCCUUAAGCAAGCUUGCGUCGACAAGUUUCCAGCACCUAGCCAAAGACGUACGCAUAGAAGUUUUAAGCAACCCGUCUGUUCCACUCCGAGAAGUCAGCGUCAUCCAAACAGGAACCACGUCCUGGAUGACACCCAUCAUCAUGUACUUACAGUCCGGGAUACUUCCAGAAAAUAAAGCCGAAGCGCGGAAAAUCCAGUAUAAAUCAGAACAUUAUCAGAUGGCAGACGGGAUACUGUACCGAAAGUCAUAUCUCGGCCCGCUGCUAAGAUGUGUUGACGCCGACGACGCAAAUUAUCUGAUCCGGGAAGUACAUAAAGGCAUCUGCGGCAUCCACGCCGGGCCGCGCAUGGUAGUGGCAAAAGUAAUGAACGCCGGUUAUUACUGGCCCGGAAUGCACCUCGAUGCCGUGAAGGAAUUAAGAAAGUGCAGCGGCUGCCAACGGCAUGCACCAAAAACCAUGCGUCCAAAAAACGAGUUGGUGCCAGUAACAACCGCAUGGCCCUUUCAGCAAUGGGGCAUAGACAUGGUGGGCCCUUUCCCAGAAGCUCCGGGGGCAGUCAAGUUCAUCAUCGUCGCGGUCGACUACUUCACCAAGUGGGUGGAAGCAAAAGCACUUGCGUCAACCACAUCGGCAGUCGUUAAACGAUUCAUCUGGGAACAAAUCAUAUGUCGUUUCGGCCUGCCACUCCGAAUCAUCACCGACAAUGGUACAAACUUUGCAGCAGAUGAUCUCGAACGAUGGUUCAAGGAACUAAACAUUGAACACACCUUCUCGUCGGUCGCACAUCCGCAAGGGAAUGGUCAAGUUGAAGCAGUCAACAAGAGCAUCGUUGAUGGCAUCAAAGCAAGACUCGGUGAAAAAAGACGAGGAUGGGUCGACGAGCUACCAAGCAUAUUAUGGGCCCAUAGAACAAUGCCCAAGACAAGCAAUGGAGAAACACCGGACAAUGAAGCGUCCAACGCAGAAAAACCGGGAAAACUGGCUCCCAAAUGGGAAGGCCCGUACAUCAUUGAUGAGGUCCACGGCAAGGGGGCAUACAAGCUACGCACCAUGAACGACAAAGAGGUUCCACGAACCUGGAAUGCCCAACAGUUACGCAAAUGCUACAUAUAA